GAGUUAAAGUUGUGGAAAGAAAACUCAGAUAAUAAUCACGAAUCGCUCCCCAAGUGGAAGCCGAACACAGAGGAGGAGUCAAAGAGGGAGCGAAAACUGUCUGAGACCAAGGUGAGAACUCGGUAAUCUCCGUAGAUGUUCGGCAGCGAUCGCGCGACGUUGAAACAGGCCGAGAAAACAUUUGAAUAUCGCAUUUUCCCAAACGUCCAGCAGACAUUUGCCGCAUUCCCACGGAGCAGCCGCUGGUGUGGAGCGCCGCAGCAGCGUCACGCUGCAGCAUCAUGAGUCUGAUGAUGAUGAUGAUGAUGCAGCGGAGGCUGAGGAUGGCUGUGCACCUCAGGACGCUCGGAUAAAAGACCGCGCCACUUCACCUGCACGUGGCGUCCGUGGGCCAGGAUGAACUUCAAGAACCUCCGAGACUACUUGGCCUGGCUGUACUACCAGUACCUCCUCAUCACCGGCAUCUACGUGCUGGAGCCGUGGGAAAAGUCCAUCUUCAACUCCGUCCUCUUCUCGGCCUUCGCCAUGGUGGUCUACACCUCCUACGUCUUCGUGCCCAUCCACGUGCGCCUGGCGCUGGAGUUCUUCUCCGGGAUCUGCGGCGGCCAGCCUGAAAGCACCGUGGCCCUCAUGAACUGAACCCGAGGAGAGGCGGAUCCCACCCUGAUUCUUCUGAACACUGCACCUCAGCCAAUCCAAAUCAAAGCAUCUCAAAGUUCUGGCACCCCCAGCGCCCCUGCUCUCACCCCCCACCCCCCGUACCCAUGGUAUUAGACACACAACUCUGCAUUACUUUCACAUCCCUGCUGUGAAAUGUCUUGUUUAACGUUGUUGGUCCUUGUUUUUGUUUUGUUUCUCUGCUGUACGUGACGCCUAUGACUGCACCUCCCCUGCUGUGCAUGACAGCGUCACAUAUGAAUCACAGUCCAGUGCUCACCUCACUGCUGUCCACACACAUCCAUUUCACAACCACGGUGGCUCAACUUUUAUAGUCUAUACGGAGGGGAAAAUUUUUAUUUCUGUGGUCUAUACAUACAUUUCAGAGCCGUCCAACCCAAAGAACCGCUCCCCUCAGGCAGCCGGUCGAUGACGUUUUGAUCCGCUCAUGGUAUCAGGAGCCAAAAUUCUAAAUCAGAAAUGGCUCCCAGCUAGAACCAUGUUUGUUGCUGAACAGGAAUCGCUUUCGACAGAUCCGUAUCUGCAGUGAAACUUUUAGUUUCAUGCUGGAUUGCCUCAUAAAUCCAUUGUGAAACUCUGUUCAAACAUGGAACAGUAAUGGUUUUUGCUUCCGACCUCCAAGCCCAGACGGCCAUGAUGAGGCAGGGACGGCCUCUCCCUGCCCUUUUAUCUUCAUUCCUUUUUACUGUCGCUCCGACUGCAAGGCAUUCCCAACACUCAGCACGAGCAAAUAUUGAUCCAACACACCUUUGUGUUCUGAGCUGGGCUUUGUUAAUAUCACUGCUUUUCUUAAUCGACCGCCGCUGAACCCAAACUGCGAGAGGUCACAUGCAAAACUCCGCUUCCUAUAGUUGACCUAUAGAGAACCGCUGGUGUCUGCGUGUGAGUCAAGACCAAAACAGUCCGGUGCUUUUGGGUUGGGGCUCGCUAUUACACCCCGGACAUAAUUUAUUUGUAUGAAGUUGUAUAUUUUUACACUCUGGUAAAUGCUUGGCUGGUUACAAUGUCAAUUACCAUACUUGUUUGUGAUUAUUUAUAUCUCUUGUUGCCAUAACCUGUGAUGUUUUCUGCUCCAACGAAAUGCUCUUUUGAUCCACUCCUUACCUUCUUGCUGUGACCCAGGCACCGAAUGAAUGUCAUAAAUGAUGGUGAUCCAAUGAUGUCAGCAAU